AUGGCGUAUGCCAUCGAUGGCCCUCUUGGGCGGUUUUGCCACCAAUACCUCCAACUGGAGAUGAAGCUUGACUAUCCGGACGCGGACCUCUUGCGACAAUCAAGCGUCCAGGAAGCUCUAUACGAGCAUCUCUUCGCCGACGGGGCCGUCCCGUUCCCGCCUCCGCAUAGAUACCGUCUUCGAGUUCUGAAGGACCUUCUUUCGAGGAUAGAAAAGAGUAUCAAUGACUGGGAGGAGCAGGGGGUGUCAGACAACUUGAUGGAAGCCUUUGCGGAAAUGCUAGACGUCCCCGUACCAUCUGAGACCGAAGCCGUCCAGAAAAUGGACUACGUGACAUACUACCUGUCACUUUUAAAGUCGGAAGAGAACCCCGAGGGCGACUCGAACUCUAGCGCAGUAAAGAACUGCAUCACUGUUUUCGAAUCCCGUGGCUUGCUCGCCACGUCCGGCACGACGGGAAUGCGAACGUGGGAAGCCGGUCUCCACCUGGGCCAAUAUCUUUGCACCGCUCCGGAACUUGUCAAGGGGAAGCGCGUCCUCGAGCUCGGCACCGGAACCGGCUACGUAUCCGUCCUCUGCGCGAAAUAUCUCGGGGCUCAAAAAGUCGUCGCAACGGAUGGCUCGGAGGACGUCAUAAGAGACUUGUCGGAUACCAUCUUCCUCAACGGGCUUCAAGAGUCGGCGAACUUUUCCAUCAUGGAGUUGGUAUGGGGAAGGGCGCUCCUCGGGACGGAAGACGCGGAGUGGAAUGGCGGCGAGGAGAUUGAUGUCGUCCUCGGGUCGGAUAUUACAUAUGAUUCCAGGGCGCAGCCGGCGCUCAUCGCGACGCUGGGCGAGCUGUUUGAUUUGUUUCCAAAGGUCAGGGUGAUCAUUAGCACGGCGGAGAGGAACGUUGCGACGCUGAAUAACUUGCUGGGGAUAUGCAAGGCCCAGGGCCUGUUGGUGGAUUUUAUCGAUUUCCCCACUCCUACUGCUGAGGAGCAACAGGGGCCGUUCUAUGAUACAAGCGUUCCGAUUCAUAUCGUGGAGAUUCGGAAACAAUGA